CUCUCGCUCUCGCUCUCUCUCUCUCGCUCUCUCUCACUCACUCCUCCAGUCCCGGAGACCCGCUCAGCUCAGAUGCGCCCUCGGAGCCGGGAUGAUGACGAUGCCAGUGAAGGGUAGUAGUGUAAACGAGAGGAAAGAGGGGAUGUUUUAAAGAAAGACUCAGGCCGUUAGGACAGCAGAGGAGAGAAGAGAGAUCGGGUUGUUUGAUGAGCCGAGGAUCGGAGGACACUUUGAACGUAGUGCUUCAGUGUUUGGAUAAAACGGAGCGGCGAGGCGUCACAGCGUUCACGGGGGCUCAGGUCGAGGUGAUGAUAUCGAUCCAACGCUGAGCGGGAACCCAGACGGACCCACCCACCCUCAGGGCUGCCACAGCUCCUCGCCCUGGACCCUACCUGACCCCCGACCCCGACCCUUGACCCCUGGCGACACCCCUUCCCCUCUCUCUCUCCGUGGAUCCUGCUUCCGGAGGGGACCGUCGGACGCUCAGCGUGGCUUUGGCCCCUCCCCCGCGUCCCGACGGACCUCGUCUCGGGGACCCCCUGACCUCUGACCCCCGCCCGGACCGCCAAUGCUGACGCGGGACCGCCUGCUGCUGUUCCUGUGGUUCCUCCUCUUCCGGUUCCUCCGGGGGUCGCUGUGCUCCCCCCGCCCUCCGCCCGCGCCCCCCCAGCUCCUGCUGCUGUCCCGGCCGGGCCGGCUCCUCUCGCACCCCAGGGGGGCGCCGACGGGGGGGGCGGGGCCCCAGCCCCCGCCCGCUGCGGGCCCCCGCCACGCCGGGUCCCCGGGGGUCCAGAGGGUGAAGCGGGGCUGGGUGUGGAACCAGUUCUUCGUGCUGGAGGAGUACAUGGGGUCCGACCCGCAGUACGUGGGCAAGGGGUGAUCAAGACGGCGCUGCCCAACAUGGACCGGGAGGUGAAGGAGCAGUACCAGGUUCUGAUCCAGGCCAAGGACAUGGGGGGUCAGCUGGGCGGCCUGGCCGGCACCACCACCGUCAACAUCAGCCUCAGCGACGUCAACGACAACCCGCCACGCUUCUCCAAAAGUUUCUUCCACCUCCGUGUGCCGGAGUCUUCGGCGGUGGGCUCGGCGGUCGGGCGGAUCAAGGCCCACGACCUGGACGUCGGGAAGAACGCCGAGGUGGAGUACAACAUCGUGCCCGGAGACGGAGGAGCCAUGUUCGACAUCACCACCAACGAGCACAACCAGGAGGGCAUCAUCGUGCUCCGGAAGCCCCUGGACUACGAGUCUAAGAAGGCAUACACCUUCAAGGUGGACGCCACCAACGCCCACCCGGACCCGCGUUUCCAGAGCUACGGGGCGUUCAAGGACACGGCCACGGUGAAGAUCAACGUGCUGGACGUGGACGAGCCGCCCGUCUUCAACAAGCCCGCCUACCUCAUGGACGUGUACGAGGACACGCCGGCCGGCACCAUCAUCGGCGCCGUCACCGCACAGGACCUGGACGCCGGCAACAGCCCCGUCAGGUACUCCAUAGACUGGAAGAGUGACCUGGACAGCUACUUCGACAUCGACCCCGUGGAGGGAACCAUCUCCACCAACGAGCUGCUGGACAGAGAGAACGUGGCCCAGCACAACAUCUCUAUUGUGGCCACCAAACUCAACAGUCCAGUCCUGACCAGUCGGGUGGCCGUCACCGUGCACGUGCUGGACAUCAACGAGUUCCCGCCUGAGCUGGCUGUCCCGUACGAGACGUUUGUGUGUGAAAACGCCAAAAUAGGACAGGUUAUCCAAAUGUUCAGCGCAAAAGAUCAAGACCUCCCCAACGCUGGCCAGACGUUCUCCUUCAAAUCCCCUAAAGAUGAUUUGAAGAGCAACAAGAACUUUACCAUCAGAGACUUUGGAAACAACACGGCGGGAAUCGUGACCAAGAGGAGCGGCUUCCGGCGGCGCGCCCAGGAGAUCUUCUUCCUGCCCGUGGUGAUCGAGGACAACGGCUACCCGUCCAAGACCAGCACGGGCACGCUGACCAUCCGCGUGUGCGGGUGCGAGUCGGACGGGUCGUUGCUGACGUGCAGCGCGGAGGCCAUCUUCCUGCCGGUGGGCCUGAGCACGGGCGCCCUCAUCGCCAUCCUCCUGUGCAUCGUCAUCCUGCUAGUCAUCGUGGUCCUGUACGUGGGGUUGCGCCGGCAGAAGGAGAAGGAGACGCUCAUGUCGUCCAAGGAGGACAUCCGGGACAACGUGAUCCACUACGACGACGAAGGCGGCGGCGAGGAGGACACGCACGCCUUCGACAUGGGGACGCUGCGCAACCCCAAGGUCGUCAAGGACAACCUGUUCCGCCGCCGCGACAUCAAGCCCCUGGAGCCCCGCGGCCGGUGCCCGGUGCCGCGUCCGGGGCCCGCCCCCGUGUCCCAGGACAGCGCCGACAUCCGCGACUUCAUCCACCGGCGGCUGGAGGACCACGACGUGGACAACGCGGCGCCGCCCUACGACUCGCUGGUCACCUACGCGUACGAGGGCGACGGCUCGGUGGCCGAGUCGCUGAGCUCCAUCGGCUCUCCGGCGGCCCCCGGGGGGCUGGAGGAGGACUACGACUACCUGGACGACUGGGGGCCCCGCUUUAAGACGCUGGCCGGCAUUUUCGGGGAGAAGUCGUCGGAGUCUCGGUCUCAGUCGGACACUGCCACGGCGGAGGACUCUCAUUGAUUCGGCGACCGGCCGAUCAGAGACUGUGGACCGAUAGGAGAAUCUAAAGGUUUUCGUUUGUUUUGGUUCGUCAAGCAUUUUUUUUUGUUUUGCUCUUGGUUCCCGUCUCCUUAUUUGUAUUUAAGUGGUUAACCUUUUCUAUUUAAGUCGUCAUCUCGUUUUUUUUCUAUUAUGUGCUCAAUCCGGACAUUGUUGAACAAAACAAAAAAGGAACAUGAAAACAGCUACACGUUCACCGAUUGAUUCAGCCAUUUGAAUACUUUGGAUGUCUGAGGGUUGCGUAACGCUUCCAAUUUUCACCACCGGGGGAACAAAAAAAAACGAAAAGCGCAGGAAAUGCGACCAUUUCCUAUGACAUCCUCUCAAAGUGCCUCGAUAUAAUUGUUCUCUUAUUUACUAUUCCACACCACAUAUCCGAUAGAGUUUCUCAGAACCCAUUCAACGGAAGCUGAUUCUGAGUCUCUGAUUGGUCACGAGCGAGAAAAAUGCUAUCUCGUCGCAGGGGUAGCAGGGCGAUGGGAAACGGCCUGUCAUUGGCCAAAGAUUUUCUGAAUGUUAUUUAUUGUUCUGAUUAUUUAUUGGCGGAUCGGCCAGUUUGAUUCCAAUGUUUUUGUGUAUUUAUCUAUUUAUCUCGACAUCAUCAAACUGUCUUUUCUUUUUUUUUAUUAUCACGAUUGGUUUUGCAGACACUUGAGGAUUUUGUAAUUAAUCGGGGCCCACAUCAAAAUGGACGAUUGUGGUAGUCGGGCCGUGUGAAUAGAGUUGUACUAGGCUUGUAAAAAGAUGAUUUAGGGCUUAAUAAAGCAGUUCUGUCAUGUAAUAAACACCGUUUUUUUUCUUAAAAUAAACAACAC